AACAACUUUUUAAAGUCAAAAGUAGAAAAAGCUUUUAAAGGCUGAAGUAAAAGUAAAAUACAAUUAAAAAUUUUAAAUGCUAAAGAAGAAAAAGUAAAAAAGUUUAACACUAAAGAAUAAAAAGUAGGAAUAAAAGUUUAAAGGAUGAAGAAGAAAAAUGGAAAAAUGUUUGACUAAAGAAGAUCAAGUAGAAAUAACAGUUGAAAGGCUAAAGAAGACAAAGUAGUAACAUAAAACCUUUUUAAAAGGAAAUAAAGAAAUAAGUUUAAAGUCUGAAGAUGAAAAAGUAGAAAUAAAAGUUUAAAGACUAAAGAAGAAAAAGUAUAAAUAAAAGUUUAAAGGCUAAAGAAAAGGUAGAAAUAAAAGUUUAAAGGCCAAAGAAGAAAAAGUAGGAAUUAAAGUCUAAAGAAGAAAAAGUAUAAAUAAAACUUUAAAGUCUAAAGAAGAACAAGUCGAAUAAGCUUUUAAAGGCUAAAGAAGUAAUAGUAGAAAUCAAUUAAUUUUUUUAAAUGCUAAAGCAGAAAAAGUAGAAAAAAGUUUUUAAACACUAAAUACGAAAAAGUAGAAAUAAAGGUUUAAAGGCUAAAUAAGAAAACGUAGAAAUAGAAGUUUAAAGGCCAAAGAAGAAAAAGUAGAAAUAAAAGUUUAGUCUAAAGAAGAAAAAGUAGAAAUAGAAUUUUAAAGACUAAAUAAGAAAAAGUAGAAGUGUAAAGACUAAAAAAGAAAAAGUGUAAAGACUAAAGAAGAUAUAGAAUUUUAAAGACUAAAGAAGAAAAAGUAGAAAUAAAAGUUUAAAUGCUAACGAAGAAAAAGUAGAAAUAAAAGUUUAAAGACUAAAGAAGAAAAAGUAGAAAUAAAAGUUGAAAUGCUAACGAAGAAAAAGUAGAAAUAAAAGUUUAAAGGCCAAAGAAGAAAAAGUAGAAAUAGAAGUUAAAAGGCUGAUGACAGCCAAAGAGAGAAGACGUCAAGCUGACAUCUUAAAUCAACACAAUGACUUCCUCCUCUUUCUUCUUCAGGCUUCACCGUGAGUGCGGGUCAAAGGUCAUUCCGCCACCUCGCCCGUGUCCCAUUUAGUUUUAGGCUCCUGCCACCACUCGGACAGGAUGGACUCCUCGUAGUCGCCCACACCCUCAAACUCCACGUCGGGAUGCUGCGCUCGAGAGGCGUCGGCCUGCUCGGCACUCACCUCGCCCUGCCAGACACCAACAACAACAUCAUGACCGAGGCAAAGCUUUCAUCAGUCAGGUGGGUAUGGGUCGCCUCCUCACAGGAGUCGACCGCGGCCUGAUGGGCAUGUGCGUGAACGAGCGCCGCAAGAUCACCGUCCCGCCACACUUGGCCUUCGGAAGCAUAGGAACAGGGGGCAUCAUCCCAGCGGACGCUGUCUUGGUGUACGACGUGCUCCUGCUGGACAUAUGGAACAAGGCGGACAAGGUUGAGAUCCGCACGCUCAGCAAACCUAAAAAAUGCACUCGUGCCGCCAUGGCGUCCGACUUUCUACGCUAUCAUUACAACGGCACCCUGCUCUCCGGACAAGCCUUUGACUCCAGCCACAAGAAUGCGACCUAUGACACCUAUUUGGGCCAAGGCGAUGUAAUUGAGGGCAUGGAGCAGGGCCUGCUGGGAAUGUGUGUCACAGAGAGAAGGGUCAUCAUCAUCCCGCCAUUCCUGGCUUACGGAGAGAAUGGGCACGGACGUCUAGUGCCCCCGCAGGCCACGCUGAUAUUUGAUGUGCUGAUGGUGGAUGUGUUCAACCCCAAAGACGAGCUCGUCGUCGAGGUCAAAGAGGUCCCCGAAGGAUGCGCCCGCCGCACCACUGUGGGCGAUUACAUCCGCUACCACUACAACGGAACCUUCCACGAUGGCACCGCCUUUGACUCCAGCUACCAGAGGAACAGCACGUACAACACGUAUGUGGGUAUGGGCUACAUCAUCAAAGGCAUGGACGAAGCCCUGCAGGGUCUGUGCAUGGGAGAGAAGAGGAGGGUCGUGGUGCCGCCUCACCUGGCAUACGGAGGAGACGGUGUGGGUGAGCUGAUCCCCGGCUCAGCUGUGCUGGUCUUCGACAUCCACAUCAUCGACUUCCACAACCCCGACGACCUCGUGGACGUCAAAGUGACCCACAAGCCUCAGGAAUGCGACAGCGUGAGCGAGGCGGACGACUGGCUGCAGUAUCGCUACAACUGCUCCUUGAUGGACGGCACCUUGCUGUACUCCUCGGACCAGUUUGACUCACCCUCCGUCACCACGCUGGGGGCCGAGCAGGUCAUUCCGGGUCUGGAGCAAGGAUUGAUUGGCAUGUGUGUGGGCGAGACCAGAGAAGUAGUCGUACCACCCCACUGGGGACAUGGCGAAAAUGGAGCCGGUGAUGUUCCUGGGAGCGCAGUGCUCUUUUUCCAGCUGGAGUUGGUAGAGCUACAGAAAGGUGUUCCAAAAGGUUUCAUGUUCGUGUGGUUUGGAGAUGGCCCAGACCCGCUCUUCCCCGCCAUGGACCUCAACGGUGACAGAGAGGUCCCUUUGCAGGAGUUUUCAGCCUUUAUCAAGCUCCAAGUCCAGCAGGGCAACGGUCGCCUUCGACCGGGAGUCCAAGCAGACGACAUCAUUCAGGACAUGUUCAACAGUCAGGACCUUAACAAAGACGGCAAGAUCGUGGCAUACGAAGUCAGUCUUCAAUCGGAGGAGCAGCCCGAACGGGACGAGUUGUAAAAAAAGACUUGAUGAGGUGAUUUUACAUGUUGUGCGUUUUAAUGUCAGCAAGCUGUGAUGAUGUUGAGUCAGAUGAGAAUCGCUAAAAGCCACUAACUGAAUGCAAUGGCUGUACGAUAACAGAAAUUAAUAAGUACAAGAGUUGUAUCAAAAUGUUUUACUGUAUUCUACUUUGUGAGAACGGUCUCCAAUAUUUUGACAGCUCAUGGCACUAAAUAGCUCUCACAAUAAACAUUAAAUGAUUACCUCUCGAUGCAACUCUUGUAUUAAAUGGUGCAGGUGUACCUAAUUAAGUGUCCGGAGAAUAUGUAUUUUGUGAGCCAAAUAAAGAUUUGUAGUUUAAAAAAAAAGGUGAACAAUUUUUUAUUCAUUUUAAGGUUUGAACAAAGAGUGAAAUAUUACACUUGGUGAUUGACUAUAAAAAGCAGUAAACAAAUGUGACGUGCCACAAAGUCUGAAAUAGUUUUGUAUUGUGCGCUUGAACGUUUAGUAGCACCUUGUUAGUCACUAGAAGUGGAGGAUUAGAACAUAUUUGCAUGGUGUCGGAGGCUGCAAGUACAUUAUGUGAGUGCAAAAAUGUCGUACGUAUGUAUGGUCCUGCCGAGUAGUCAAAUACACAGCAUCGCUUUUUUUUUUUUUUUUUUUAGUAAAACAAACGAAGAUUU